AUGGAAACUAAGCUCUGUGUACAAGAGACAGAGGCAAUCUGUCCACGCCCACGUGGUUCGGCCUCCGUCCACGUCCAGGUUGCUUCUCAUUUGUGUCUUGGCCUUCGUCCCAUCUGGAUCGAUUGCGCCUCUCGGCCCUCGUCCACAGCAGCCCUUGUCAUCUCGUCCACGACAACCCUAGUUGACAGGCCCCGUCCUGCGUCGGCCUCGCUCACGUCCGACCCUCGUCGACAGUCGAUGCGACUUCUGAAAUUGCUUCGUCAUGGCUGCUUCUUCAACCUCUGGUUCCAGCACUGGUGGUGGAGGUAG